AUGCCCGAUCGCUUGGAUGAUACGGAAGGGUUUUAUGGGCUUGAGGAGAUCGAAGAUGUUAUGAUUGUCAAGGAUCCUACAACCGGUAACCUUACAUUUGAGACUACGAAGACCGAAGAGGAAGUCGCAAGAGAUGUAGAGGAAGCGUGGCAACGGGAAGAAGAAGAGGCCCAGCGCCUGGAGAAGAUAACAUUUGGCAAGGAUCAGGCGCCUGAGGACGAAGACACUGCCGAUGAGAAAGUUGCGGAGGAUAAAGCUGAAGUCGCAAUACAAGCCGAGGACAAAGAGUUAGCCUGGGAGGGAUUUAGCGACGACGAUGACAAUGUGCAAACAGAAGAGUCAGGUCAGGCUGCGAAGACAGUAAAGACACCAGAUACCACGCAGGAACCCGGGACACAGAAAUUAACAAAGACCGAGAAGAAGAAGAGGGCCAAGGAAGCAAAGUUGAAGAAGCUGGAGGAGGAGAAGGCAAGCGCAAAACAGGCCGCCGCGAACGGAGCCGCAAAAGAGAGCGAAGAUGACAAAGAAGAAUCGGAUAUAGAAGAUCGCGAAGACGGCGAGACUUUUGGACCCGGCGCGUUUGAUAUAUUAGCUAACCAGCCCGACGAUGACGAUGAGGACGUUUCCGCAUGGGACGAGUUGGAGCUGUCCGAAGAGAUGCUAGGCGCACUGGCCAAGCUCAAGUUCUCAAAACCGACCACCAUCCAAAAAUCUACUAUACCCGAGAUUUUGGCCGGAAGAGAUGUCAUUGGCAAAGCUUCGACUGGUUCGGGAAAGACGCUUGCGUUUGGUAUCCCAAUUGUAGAGUCGUACCUCGCCUCCAGAUCAUCAGCCUCAAAAGAACCAGAAGACAAGAUGCCUAUCGCACUUAUUAUCGCGCCCACCCGUGAACUUGCACAUCAGAUCAACGCCCAUCUCAUUGCGCUUUGCGCAAAAGGCGAUUUCGACCCUCCAUAUAUUGCGUCCAUUACCGGUGGUCUUUCCGUUCAAAAGCAGCGCAGGCAACUUGAGAAGGCGGACAUCGUUGUGGGUACCCCGGGUCGACUUUGGGAAGUCAUCAGCGAUGGACAAGGCCUGUUGCGGAAGUUCAAGCAAAUCAAGUUUCUCGUUGUGGAUGAAGCCGAUCGUCUGUUGAGCGAGGGACACUUCAAGGAAAUGGGGGAGAUUCUCAAGGUCUUGGAGCCCGACGAUGUGACAGAUGAGAAUGCCGAAUCGGACGAAAAAGAAGAGAUCAAGCGCCAGACCUUGGUCUUCUCUGCGACUUUUGGAAAGGACCUCCAGAGGAAGCUUGCUGGCAAGGUCAAGGGAGGCGGCUCAGAUCUUAUGAGCCAGCAACAGUCCAUGGAGUAUCUUUUGAAGAAGCUUCAGUUCCGCGAAGAGAAGCCCGUCUUUAUCGAUGCCAAUCCAAUGUCACAAAUGGCCAGCAAACUACAGGAAGGACUCAUCGAAUGCGCUGGAACCGAAAAGGAUCUCUACCUCUACUCCCUACUCAUGUUCUAUACGAAAAAGCGCGCUCUGGUCUUUACUAACUCAAUAUCCGCUGUCCGGCGCAUAACGCCUUUCCUCACGAACCUCGCCCUCCCAGCUCUCCCCCUACAUUCCAACAUGCCCCAAAAAGCUCGUCUCCGCUCUAUUGAACGAUUUAAGGAACGACCAGGUUCUAUCCUUGUCGCCACAGACGUCGCUGCACGAGGUUUGGAUAUUCCGCGGGUGGAGCUAGUAAUCCACUACCAUCUCCCCCGUGCUGCGGAUACAUAUGUCCACAGAUCUGGUCGUACUGCGCGUGCAGAAGCGUCGGGAGCUAGUAUCCUAAUUUGCGCUCCGGAAGAAGUAGCAGGUGUAAGACGACUAGUCGCCAAAGUACAUGCCCGUGCCAGCGACGCGCCGAAGUCGAAGAAGACGGCGUUCUUCAUCCGUACCUUGGAUAUCGAUCGCCGUAUCGUCUCACGCUUGAAGCCUCGCGCUACUAUUUCGAAGCGGCUAGCAGACACGGUCAUUGCAAAAGAGAAGAAGCAUAGUGAAGACGAUGUACUACGCCGAGCAGCGGAGGAUCUGGGUGUUGACUACGACAGCUCCGAAUUUGAAAAGGAAGCAAAGGGCAAGCGGGGACGUGGCAGCGGGAGAAAGAAGAAGGAGAAGGAGGCCAGUGAAAUGACGAAGGCCGAGAUGCAGGCUCUAAGAGCGGAACUUAAGAGUUUGCUUAGCCAGAGGAUUAACACUGGUGUCAGUGCGAGAUAUCUCACUAGCGGCGGUAUAGAUGUUGAUGCUCUAGUCGCCGGGGAGGGCAAUAUGGAGUUUUUGGGUAACCUGGAUGGACUCGGGUUUGACGAUAUGUGA